GCUGAGCCUCAGGACAAGAGAAGAGGAACAUUUCAUAAAGCGUGAGAAAAUAACAGGAACUAUCAAAAUAUCUAUAAAUAAAAACGUCUCAUGUUCGUGUUGAGGUAAAUCGCAAAUUCAACUGAAGGUGAACUCUCUUUAAACUUUGGCUACUGUUUAGUAUCAAUAGUAGAGAGGUAUAGGUAACAAAAAUACGUCGUGGGUAAUACACAAAACGUGGCACGAGUGCGUCACCUAAUUAGCAUAACAGCACAUCGUCAUGGAGACGAAACGUCUCUACCGUUUGGACUCGAUUAGUUAAUACUGGUAUAUGGGGGUUAUGUGUGCAUGAGUCUUUGGGGCGAGCAGGUUAGCGUAGCAGUUCUUUCCUCGCUUUGCACCAAUGAGUCCCUGGGAUCGAGUCCCGGAUUGGCCCAGGCUUAAAGAUUUUCUCCGGGUAUACCGGUUUCCUCCUGCCUCUAAACCUGGACUGUGCCCUCCUUCCUCCGUGAAGUGAUGCAUUAUCAAGAAACGUAUACAUGUACACUGUUAAAAAUUGUGUUGUACUACAAUGCGUUUUCUGUGAAAUGUAUCAGUAAUUAACAGAGAAUCUUUGUAACGGACGCACUUCGUGACUGUACAGUGAUUUUUUUUGUGUAACGACAGAACCCUGUAAAAAGCUUUGUAAAUGUACAAUUUUCCUCUGUAACACGAAUUAACAUAAAUUUGCAUAUUGACUUUGGUGCGCAAAACCACUUUCAUAAAGCUGAUUUCGCCAUUUUUUCUGGUGUUUCCUGUUAAUGUGAGUAACAGGUAAUUUUUUGUGGAGAAAGAAUCUUAUUCUGAGUCAUCUUGUCUGCCAAUAAAUAAUAACUGCUAAAACAAAUAUGUUUUUAGCCUGCAAUCCUGCCAACUGUGACUAAAGUCGAAAGAAAAAGCGAUGCACAUAUCAGCAAGCUGCGUGCCAUUAUGGAUCAGUCUAGUAGCAACUGUGAUCAUGCUGCAUCGGUCAGGUAAGAAAAUGUGUUGUUAACACAUGAAAUAAAAACCAAACUUGUCAAUGUCAUUACCAACGCAUAUCCUCCUUCAACCUUGUAUGCAGCUUCCUUCAACCUCGUCUACGUUGAUUCAGUCCACAAAUGUAAUUGUUUUAGUCAGAAAACAACGUCUCCUUAAAUUCACAAAUAAAAAUUUGUUCUUGUACAAAAUGAGCGUCUGUACAUUAACAUGACAUUUGCAAUAACAAUUGACAUAAGAUUCUAUGUAAAAGUACCGAAAAAUAUCUAACAGUGUAGUUAUUGAAACAAAAAGCAUGAGUAGCUGAAAGCGCCUUUAAAACAACAACAUGAGUCUGUUGACCCGGGAACCAUGUUUCUUUGUGCAUGCACGUUCGUCAGAAUUAUUUUUCUAGUCAAUGAUCAUCUUGACCCUUCACACCCCAUCAAAUAUUAACCAUUCGAGUCCUUUAUCGAACUCGCGUAAUGGCGACAGGAGACGUGACGUAUGGAGUAACAUACUCUGUUUUCAUGCAACGUAUUGUAGUGGUCUUUUCGUUAGACUGGUAUGCCCCUGGGCCUUAUAAUAAUCAUCCAAGUAUCACGACGUAGCCUAAUUUGCAGCCUUUUUUCAUCAACGCACUUCCCAUUUCUUUCUAAUAUAGGUAAAGUGGAAAUGGCGGCGGAAGACCACAUCUUUAAGAUUCUGCUCUUCAUGGAGUUGCUUGUCUGCAUCGCCUUCAUAAUCUAUUCCUUCAAGGAUCAGAGUGUUAAUCACAAGAGUCUGGGAACUGACAGUUGUAGCGGUUGUCAACCAAACAGCCUGACGGAACUGCACGGUCAGGUGGCAUCAGACACCAUUGGUCGACGCGUGAACCAAACACGUGGUUCCCUGUCCAACUGCAGUCUAGCGGACGUCAAGAUGAGGCCUGGUGUCGUCAUGUUGACCACAACAAAUCUUGGCUUCAUGGACAUGACUCUCAACAUGCUGGAGAGCAUCAAAAGAACAGGAGUUUGCGUGAACACCACUAUCGUAGCCGAGGACAAGAAAUGUUACCAGUAUCUUAGCAAGAGAGCUGAGGGUGACCCAGCAGUGCGCGUGGUGUUAACAAACUUGGGAGAAACCACUAGCAAGGAAAUACUUCGAACUCAACGUCGCCAGUACUACGCGCUCUUCAACAAACGCCAAGAAUACUUUCUAGGCCUUACUGAGCGAGGCUACGAGGUUUUAUUCACUGAUGCCGACACAUUUUGGUUCCGGGAUCCAUUUCCGUACUUCAAAGGAGACUUCGACAUGUCUAUGAUUGACCCAGAAUCGCCUUAUCCAAUUCGAUCCGAAAGAGCACAUUAUUGUGCUGGUUUUGCGUAUUUCAAACCAACUAAAGUGACGAUCCAGUUCGUCAAGACUUGGAUUAAAACCAUGAGAGACAAUGAUAAACAGGACAAGCUCAUGGCAGAUCAAGAUGUGAUGAAUCACCUUCUCCGAGCGGACCAGCCCGUACACGUCAAUGUUCAGCCGCUGGACACCAACAUUUUUCCGUGGGGACCCAAAUUCUAUGAGCUCCUGGAGAAGAAGGCUAACUACCCCACUGUUGUGAUGCACGCUGCCAGUAUCCGGGGAAGAGCCGCAAAGGUGGCGAAGUUUACAAGCUCAAAUAUGUGGUUGGUAAACAGCACAAACUUUGAUGAGUGAUCACAUUCAAAAUAAAGAGGGUAUGAUACGACGCAGAAAUAGUGUCUAAAGGAUUAGAACAUAUUUGUGUAAAAACGGAAUGCCUUUUCUUAAAACCUGAAACGUUUUAAGACCAUAUAGUACACGGCGUAUUUUACAAUAUCAAAUGAAUUUCCCCAAAACCAAAUACAAAUUUACAGACCUAACAUUUUUUUGAGAAUCGAAUAACUUUCUACAGACCUAACAUGUUUUUCAUGAAUUUAGAAAGCAUCCGAAUUUAGAAGGCAUUCAAUUUGUUUGACCCUGUUUUAGGGCCGAUGAAACCCGAAGUUCCGAGCCGUUAUGGGCAGCUGUGUUAGGCAUCAAAUGUGCAUUUCAAACCCUAGGCUGGUUCCUGCUACAAAAGCCAUUGCUCAGUGCACAAAGCCACAAACAAGUAAAUGCAUUGAUUUUUGAGGGCUCGGCAUUGGCAAGCACUUUGUUGUUGAACUGAAUUUGGCCACCUUCGUUAAAAACAACAAGUGCUGAUCGCAAAUGAGUUUAAUGGCAACUUUCAUAGGGAUCACAUAAGAAAAACGGUUUAGUUAAAGUGCACUCUCACCGGUGAGGGUGAAACAGCCUGGUGGGUAGUCUGGAUACCAGACCCGAUUAUUCUGGCUGACCUCGUCGAAUCAAGGGUCUGGUAUCACCCAAUGUCCAUGUGACCAAAGCCGGAAGAAUUCUUCUAGUUUUCUAAUAACCAAAAUAUUCCGAACUCAUCCCGUCUAGAUUCGGAUAGCAUCGUUGAUGUUCGGGUAUUUCCGGCUGUGCCAAGCUAUAUGCUUCGGUAGGUAACAGACCAUUCCGUACAUCUGCCAGAGAUCGAUUCUAAUUUUUUUUUUUAAUUCCAGGAAAAACGUCUGACAAUUCACCAAUAUAUAAGCAUACACGUGUUUAGGCAAAUGGACAGAUUGACAUCAAUAUGUUAAAUUAUACAAGUCAUAUAAAGCACAAAGUGGAAUUCGUUAGUCAAGAAAAGCACCAGGAAAGAAUCCCAUUUACGAUAGAAUGACCCGACAUUGUUGUUGCACAUAGAAAUAUAUUUUUCGGCAUAAAAAUAUCUCUGUAAAUAAUGUUUGAAAACUGAAAAGGUAGGCACUUUCGUACUCAUUUUCAUUCUGUAGAUAUGAAAGCGGCAAAUUAAUGAAAUUAGAUUGACAGCUUUAUCUUCAAUGGCGGUUCCACCAAAUAGGAAUACUUCAUUAUCCGAGUUAAUACAACAAUUCGUCUUUUCCUUGAUCCAGUAGACUACUACAAACCAAAAGGAUAGUGUGUGAAUACAUGAGCAAAAUAAAUGAAUGAGAGUUUCCCCUUCGGUUUUACAAAAGGUACACAUUUUGGAGGUGGACUUGUUUAUUUUAAACAGGAAACUAUUUGUGCCUAAUAUUCUAUGCGUUAAUCUAUAUUGGAACCAUCGUAACCUGCUAUGCACUGUACAUUUAAAAGGAAUGAUAAAAAUGGACGACCAUUUAGAGAAAUCAUAAUCUAUAUGAAGCUUGCCAUUCCACUUUGUUGUAAACGUAUGAGUGAUUUUCUUACAAGACGUCAGCACCGAAAACAUUCUACAGGAGCCUUUCUUGUCCCUCAAAAGAGUACCUAAAUUGAAAGGUUUGGCAGGAAAUUGGAUAACGCAUUGAUCUAAAUUCGAUAAAUUUGGAAAUGCUAUCUUAACCGCCCUAAUUACACCUCCGUAUUCCCAAAAAUUAGUUCUAACAUUAAACUUUGCCUUAUAUCCAUCGCAUGAAAGAAAGUUACCGUUUUCAUCGUUUUCAAUAAUUCUGAAUUUUACUGUAUCUCGGGAAUAGUGCGACAGAGGUCAAAAUACACAAACUGAAUCCUCAUUAAAAUGCCUCUUUUUUAAAAAAAAAAAUCAAUUUGUCACACAUAAGCCCGAGGCCCAUUUUUGCAGAGCCAGUCACAUUUUUCUUUUGCUUUUUGCAAACAUGCAACGCAAUGUUGCUCCUUUUCUACGCAUUUUUCCAGAGUUUCUUGCAUGUUUUCAAAGUGACCUAUGGCAGCCUGCAGGUACAUCUAAACAUAGGAUCCAACCAGGGCUUUCCUUGUGACCCUUGACAUGUUGUGUCAGGAUCUAUUUAUAUCUGUGGGUGAUACCUGACCUAGGAUUUUAUCAAGAGUCGUCGGGGAAUCUUUGGUCAGGGAACCAGGCUAAGCAGGGUAGGAAGUUCUUCAAGCAGGCUCCUGCCAAACUCGACUCCACAUUAUGGCGGACGCAGCAGGAGGGUGGUAUUUGGUUUGGGUAAAAUCUUUUGCUCACGCCAUUUUUACCACAGACACAAUGAAAAUCAAUGAUAUGGACUAUUCCGAGGAGGUGCCACCGGUAGCACCGCAAUCACGAUCGCACGCCCGUUCUCAAGCUUGAAGUGAGCGGGCUUUGGCAAAUUGGGACACCCAAAGAAGAGGCAUCAAUUAUCGUGGAUAUCAUUCGGUGCGUUCGAUCAGCUUACACGUCGUGUCAGUCAUAACUUACACACGAGAGCGUUCGUUUAGAACGUGACCUUUGUGCAUGCCGUGGUGUCAGCUACCACUACCCCGGCUGGCGAGCCGGUCUCUGGAGGCUGCCCGAGUGUAAUGACGUCACCGAUGGACUGUUCAAGCGUAUCGUAUGGACAUGAUGGAACGUGCAGGGACUUGACCUUUUUCCCAGAAUGCCUUGGCGAAUACGCUAGAGCGUUCGAUUAGCCUCAUUUCGAGGCGUACCUUGCGUGUAACACUGGUGUAUUCAGGGAAGCUAAGCGAACGCCCCGAAUGAUUACAGUCUAUGCAAAACACACCCUCUUGUUCGAAACAGGGUAGCUGUGUAGACUCGUAAUGUAGUCUAGCUUAUUAAUAAUUCAUUCCCGUGUAUCAUGCAUUAAACAUAUGUGCGGCAACCAAUCAGAAGUGUGCAUUACCUGGCGCUGGCCGCGUGGGUUGCGAGGACUUCACAAGAUGGCAGCGUGCUGACAAGUAGACGAGAGCUCUGCGGAGUUGAAUCAACCACUGAGGCAUGUUCUUGAACUGACGUACGAUCCCUGGUGGUUGGGGGCUUUGGUCUACUAGUACGCACCUCAAGUGCGCCUGAUGGUGCGAUCGGUUAGUGUGGUGCUUGCUCUCAGUUGUGGGAGAUGCCGAUUAUUUAAAAUCUCAUCGGAGAUUGGGGGAUUGUUAGACAGUCCGGUUUAUUCAAGGAGUGUUGGAUCAUAAGGCUAGGGAACCUGGGUGAACCAGUUAAGUGGGGAAUUAGCGAAGCUUAGGCUGUAGGGAUUGCAUGCCGUUGUUCCAUGUUGGCGUAGCUACGGUUGAUUGCUGCCCUGGUCCGAGAGCUUGCUUUCCACGUUGAGGUUUACCGGGUCAGGUUUCCGACAGAGCUCAGUGAGGACUAUUUUAAUCACCUUCUUAAUCAACUGACCCGUGUUAUUUAAUAACAGCUUGAAGUGGGUGAGGGUUACACUUAACUUAAGUCACUUUAAACCUUGUUGCAGUUGGGAACUGUGUUGCUUAGUAAGGCAGUAGAGAUUAUCGUUGUAUAAUUCUGUAGUGCUGUGUAGUUACGAAGGUUGCCUUUGCUUAUGUGAUCAAUUUAGACUCAUCGGUUAUAAGCCUACGGUAUAUUAUUUACUUGAGAGUUGCCUGGUCUUUGAGGGUUACCUGGUCACUGAGAGUUACCCUGGUUAUUGUGAGGGCUUCCCUGGUUGCUGUGAGGGUUACCCUGGUGUGUGUUGAUACUCGAGCUUCCUAAUUAAUCACGUUAGUGGUGCAGUUGCCAUAGGACGACUUACCCGCGAGGAUCAGUUGUACAUACAUGUAAUUAAUUGCCUUUGUGUGUAAACUGUAGAGUACCGAAGUGUGACGUCACUGUGAAC